AAUAGUCCCAAAAUACAAAACCUCAAUUUAUUUUUGAGAUUAGAUUCUAUUCUACCUCUCCAUUUCUAUUCCAAUUUCUUUUUUUUACUUCUUUCAGCUCCGACAACCAAAAAUUGUCAUUGACAAAUUACUCAAUAAGGUAAUCGAUUUCUCAAAUUCAAUCUUUAUUUAAUCACAUUAAGCUCUGCUUUAAGAAAAAGUUCGCAUCUAUUCGUAAUUUGAAUCAAUUUGUCUACUGUAAGAUUUCGAAAUUUGGAUCUGACUGUAUUUUAGGGUUUUUGAUCUGGAAUGCAAUCUGGGUUUCUGAUUAGCUAUGGUGUUUGGAUUGAUGGGUUUUGUUAGUUGAUGCCUGAAUUCACUUUAAUUUGUAUACGAUGAACUAUUAGUUGCAUUUGGGCAUUAGGGUUUUUGACAUUUUAUUGGUGUUGGGUCAAUUAGGGUUUUGAGAAUUUGUUGUUAUGGAUGGAGUUGGAGAGUCAUCUGAGUCUGGGACUAUUGAAUCUGUUCCUAAGUUAUCAAAAUGUGGUGAUGAGUGUGGCUGUCCUAGACAAGUAUCGCCUAUUAGGAUCGGUGGAUCGAGGAAUACGAGUCCCUUAGGCCGUGUCGGCUCAAGGAAUACUAGUCCUUCUAGGCAGAAGGCAGCUAAGACGAAACCACGAGGUUUGGAUGAGGAAACAGUAGCUACAUUUGGUAAAGCUGUUCACCCUGAUGUACUAAUGGAGGAUAACAUAUGGGCAAUGUUGCCUGAAGAUUUAUUAUAUGAGAUUUUAGCUAGGGUUCCUCCUUUUUUAAUAUUUCGACUUCGCUCAGUUUGUAAGAGGUGGAAUUCCAUACUUCAAGACAACAGUUUUCUUAAAUUUCACUCGCAAGUGCCGUCUCAUGGACCUUGUCUUUUGACAUUUUGGAAGAACUCACAGACGCCACAAUGUUCAGUUUUUAGCUUGCCGUUGAAAAAUUGGUACAGGAUUCCUUUUACAUUUUUACCGCAAUGGGCAUUUUGGUUGGUUGGUUCUUCAGGGGGCCUUGUUUGUUUUUCUGGUUUAGAUGGUUUGACUUUCAAAACUUUAGUUUGUAAUCCUCUAACGCAUACUUGGAGAACAUUGCCGACAAUGCAUUAUAAUCAACAAAGACAGUUGAUAUUGGUCGCUGACAGGAUGGAACGAUCAUUCAAAGUGAUAGCAACUAGUGAUAUUUUUGGUGAUAAGUCGUUACCCACUGAAGUUUAUGAUUCAAAGCUGGACAGAUGGUUGCUCCACCAAAUAAUGCCCGCAGUCAAUCUUUGCUCCUCAAAGAUGGCCUAUUGUGACUCCAGAUUGUAUCUCGAAACCCUUUCACCGCUUGGUUUGAUGAUGUAUCGGCUUGACACAUGUUACUGGGAACACAUUCCAGCUAAAUUUCCUCGGUCUUUAUUGGAUGGUUAUCUGGUAGCUGGCACUCAGAAGCGUCUGUUUCUAGUUGGAAGAAUUGGCCUUUAUAGUACGCUCCAAAGCAUGAGAAUUUGGGAAUUGGAUCAUGUAAAAAUUACGUGGGUGGAGAUUAGUAGGAUGCCACCAAAGUAUUUCCGAGCUUUAUUAAGAUUAUCAGCUGAGAGAUUUGAGUGCUUUGGACAGGAUAACUUAAUUUGCUUUACAUCUUGGAACCAAGGAAAAGGCCUUCUAUACGAUGUAGAUAAGAAGAUUUGGUCAUGGAUUGCUGGGUGUGCUCUUCAGUCCUACAACAGUCAGGUGUGUUUUUAUGAGCCGAGAUUUGAUGCUUCAAUCUACUAAUCUGAGAAUAUCUUUUGCGGUGCACGGUAUGCUCGUGUUGUUGAGACCAGGAGAGAGUGGAGGCAUCUUAAGUGUUUGUUUAUCUCUCCAUUUAUUCCUCUCUCUGUUUUACCCUCUUGUAAGGGUUCUGUUCACUGUCUAAUUGACUAAAGAUUCAAAUCCUAAUGUUUCUUUUGCACUUGAUUGGCAUUGUCGGUUCAAAACUAGGAAGCGGAAGGUUAUGCGAACAAGAAGUUUCUAUUGCAUUUUCAGUGAUAUCACCACCUAGGCUCUAUGUUGUAUAUGGAUCGAGCACCGGCCUCAACUGUGAUGUACAAUUGAAGACCAUAGUUAUUUUAUCACAUGAUCAGGGGCUGGUUUUGCACGGAAAAGAUUAAAUGGACAGUGAUGUCCCGAGGGAAAUUGUAAGAAUAUGUUUUCCCUUUUAAACUUGUGUAAAUUGCUGAAAAUGUUUAUUACAUGAAAAUUAUGCAGGAACUUAAAUGA